AUGGCCAGUCUCUCGACAUGGGCCAGGGGGUUGACGCGCAUCUCCCCUUCUACGCCUUUGCGAUUUCCCGCUGCUGGCUUUGAGAUUAUCAAUGACGCAGACGUGGAGGAGGAGGAACAAUUUGACGCGUUUCGCGCCGGCCAGUGUUACCUGGUCAAUCUUGGCGACGUAUACGCGUCCAAGUAUCAGAUCACGGGCAAGCUGGGCUUUGGGACCACAUCCACCGUGUGGCUCGCGCGCAAUCUUGAAGGCGGCCGGGAAGAAUUUGAAACCUAUGGGCAUUUUUCACAAGCGAACCCGUCCCACCCCGGCUACCGCCACGUCCGAUCAGCCCUUGACACCUUCUCGCUCCAUCGAACUGGGGGCGACUACCGCUGUCUCGUGCAGAAGCCCAUGUGGGACAGCUGGAGGGACCUUUUACGACGGAACCCUACCCAGCGGUUUUCAUUGCUUCUUCCAAAAGUUGGUCUGAAGCACGUCCUGCUCGCACUGGACUACCUUCACAAUGAGUGCCAGCUUGCCCACACGGGAACAGACAUCAAAGCCAACAACCUCUUGCAAGAGAUUGUGGAGGAUCGUAUCCUAGAGGACUUCGUCAAGACAGAGCUGAAGACGCCCUCACUGCGAAAAUUCAUCGAGCGCCAUCCAGUCUACAGGUCGCGACAGUUUGGGCUUCCGACUGCAUUCGGUGGUGCACUGUUGAGUGACUUUGGCACUGCCGUCCGGGGCGACCAAAAGAGAAACCACGACGCGCAGCCAAACGUGUACUGGUCGCCCGAGGUGAUGCUAAGUGCCGAACAGAGCUUACCGAUUAGGGAUCUCUUCGAGGGGAAGCAUCCGUUCUAA